UCAAAGAGGCUGUUCACGGAGAGCACCGCUGUCGAGGCUUUCCACUGAGAGGAAGACACACUCGGACGAAAAGGAAAAAGGGGAGAAGAGGGAGCUGAUCCCAGUGAACCUGAGAGGAGACAACACAAGCUUCACGAGAGAGAAAGGAGCAGAGGAUGUCCAGAGCUGACUGGUCCUUCCUGGAGCACCUGCUGGAGGAGGGCCAAGAAUAUUCAAUAGGCAUUGGCCGCAUCUGGCUCACCGUCCUCUUCCUGUUCCGCAUGCUGGUACUGGGAGCCGCUGCAGAAUCUGCCUGGGACGACGAGCAAGCCGACUUUGUCUGCAACACAAAACAACCGGGCUGCACGUCUGUUUGCUACGACAAAGCCUUCCCCAUUUCCCACUUUCGCUAUUUUGUCCUCCAAGUCAUAUUUGUGUCCACGCCAACCAUCUUCUAUUUCGGAUAUGUGGCUAUAAGGGCCAGGAAUGACACGGCAAAGGAGGAGGAGGAGGAGAAGAAGGAGGAAGUCGGAGGCCGGCGAGGAACAAUUGUAAUAGAGGGGGGCAAGAAGAAUGUGACGAGAGACAAUGCAGAGGGUAAGGAGAAAAAGGAGGAUGUGGGGAAAGAUAGAAGAGCUUUCAAGGUUCCCUCUCAGGCUCCUAAACUAAAGGGCAGGCUGCUGUGUGCGUAUGCAUUCAGCAUCUUGCUAAAAGUCCUCCUAGAAGCUGGCUUCCUUGUUGGGCUUUGGAUUCUUUAUGGUGGCUUCAUUAUGGCAGCAAAAUUUGAGUGCACAAGGUCCCCAUGUCCUUACACGGUGGACUGUUUUGUCUCUCGGCCCACGGAGAAGACAAUCUUCACCAUCUACACUCAGGCGAUCGCUGCCAUAUCCCUGCUCCUCAACCUCAUCGAGCUUCUCCACCUCCUCCAGCUUGCCAUUACCCACCAUCUUGAGAAGCGAUACUGCACCCCAGAGCAGGUCUACCUACCUCAGUCUGAGCAGGUACCAGCCGGGCAAAAGACUCCCGAAAUUCCGACAGAGGGGUCGCGGGCUUACAACGCCAGGGGGCACGUUAACCACCAACUGCAGGGUGAAGCUACGUGCUACUCCAACCCCAGUGAGAGCUAUAGGGAUCUACCAAUAGAGGUGAACUGGGGACCAGAGGAAACUGGGAGUGACCUGCUUCCUAGUUAUCUGAACUGCAUGGGGGCAAUGCGGACAUCACAUUCCCCAAGAAUCCAUUAUAAAAAACAAACCCAUCACCUUGAUAAAAAGAGUAAGAGCCAUAAGGGGCACUCGAAGCAGAAGCAUUAUGUCUGAUGCAGUCAGAUGGGGUGAUGUAUUCUUCCCGUCUAUGAAAGCUUUUCUUCUUUUGAUUGUACUUAUAAAUACUACCCUGCAUAUGACACUUGAGUGCCAGGAGUGCAGGGCAAGAGUUUGAAUAAGGGAGAAAAUGAACAACUAUUGCACUGUGAACCCGAUGCCUCAGAGGCAGGUAGACAUUCAAAGAAAGAUUUAGCAGAUAAAUGGACCCAUUCAAGACGGAACGUUCUGAGAACACUCCUCAAGGCAAAGAAAAUGAGACUCCACUGUAAGAGAUUACAGUCAUAAGAUGCCUUCAUGUUGCACUUAAUGACUUUCAGGGCUUAAUGUGACAGUGGAAAAACACUGCAGUGGGGGUUCUGUGGAAACCCUGCGUGUGUGUAUGAAGGGGAAUUCAGUAGAACCAGAUUCAAGCAUAUUCCUCCGAGAUUUGCACUGUAACCCAUGGUGCUGUUUGAAGCCUCCUCUUCUCCCCAUAGCUCUGUUCACGCUGUGGAAUGUACUGGACUCUGGGUCCCGCUCCCCUCCCAAGAGGAUCAUGGCUGUGUGGAUGCAGGCACGCAUGCAUGCACACACACGUGAUGUACUUUCACCCCUUUCACCCAGAGCGUUUUGGUCACUGGAGAUGGGGAUAAGGACUGGGAAGGACAGGAAGAAGAGAAGGAAGAGCUCAACCAUGGGAAUUCUGGGACUGUACACAACUUAUCAUUUCCCGUAUACAUAGUGUUUUAUUUAUGAAUAAAGAGGGAGUGAGAGAACCACUGCAUACGUCGUCACAUGAGCUGAAUAAUGAAGUGAAGGAAAGCAUCCAUCAUAUAAAAAAAGCAAGCCUUUUUUGUGAGCUGACAGUGAGAGACAUGAAAAAUGCAUAUGUGUAUGCACAAUGAAUGGACUGUAAGAGGUACAGAAAAUGUUCGACGAGUGGAACUAUGUAAAAACCAUAUUUAAUAUUUCAGAUAUUGUGAAACAACAGUACUGUUCAUAUUUAUUAUUUUGAAUAAAAUAAUGUUUCAACGAUGGCACUGUCCAUUUGUCAAAUAAAUAUCACGUCAUUUACAAAUGAUCUAAUUUUGUAAUCCAAAAUCAGCAUUUUAU